AUGGCAAAUGUUCUCUAUAUUUAUUUGAGACUUGACAAACUUUCCUUUAGAGAAUUGGCUGGUGAUGUUCGUCCUUCACCUUUAAUUCAGGCUGCAUGGGAGAAGCUGGAUUCUUCUCAAGUUUUGGACUCCUUUCGAGGAGGAAAAUUCGAUGAGUCACUGCUGAACAGUUUGAAGAGCAAUAUGCAGUCCGUUGGUGAUCUAGUUGUGGAUGCAAUACAAAAACAGCCCAGAGAUCCACUCCUGAAAGAAUGGCUUCUUGCUUUAAGAGAUAUCAUAGGGGAGGGCGAGAUCAAGGAGCCUAGGGCCAGCUCGUGGUGGUUUGGGGCAAGUGCACGGAGGCGCGAUUUGAGAAAGGAGGUUAGAGGGGCUAGAGAUAGGAGCUCGGUGAGGAUGAGAUGGAGGAGCGGUGGUGAUGGGGGUUGCGCCGUAUGGGAUCCAGAGGAGAGGAAGGUUGGUUUUUGGGAAGAAGAUGGGAAAAGAUUGAGAGUGGGGGUCUGGGAAAUUUGGGUGAAGGUGAGGGAGAAAAGAGUGAAUGAGAGUGUGGCUGAGGAAGGAAUCCAGAGGCAUCGUUUAGGUUUUCUUAGAAUGGCACGAGAACGGGGAUUUUAG